ACCCAACAUCCAUCAGCAUACACGACAAAUACAAUACAGCAAUCAAACGACAGCAGCGUCAACAGUAGGUUGGAGAGGGAAGCACAACAAUGGCGAAUGAAACAAUGGCUGAACAACAAAAGAAACGAACAAUGGAGGCAUUAGAGCGAAGAUUUGCUCAAGCAAAAGCUGAAAUUCAUCAACAGCAGCACAAGAACAAGAGAGUAGCUGUUACUACAACAAAAACUCUAGCUGAAAAUAACAUUGGAGUCACUUCCCAGAGUAUCAAUUCUUCGCCUUCGCCGCUCAAAUCAACUACUACUUCCUCAGCUCCGUCAUCCAAAAAAGGCUAUAUAUCUUUUUCUGGCCAUACAUCUGCUCAAGAUGUUGAACUGAAUAAUCCAGCAUACCUUCAGAUAACCCAUUCAGUAGACGAUAAUCUUCUGAAAAUUACCACUGAGAUUUCUGGUAAAAACAUGAUUGCUAACGAUAUUUUGCACGAUCUUCUCCAACAUGGUGAUUCAGCUCAGAAAUAUAUGCAGGGGUCAAAAAAUGUGAAAGUUGAUAACUGGAUUCUUCUUGAUAGUGUUGUGCAAAAAAGCAGCAUUGCUACUGGAGCUCGUAGUCGGGCUUUGCAGAGACAGUCGAAGAGAUCUAAAAGACACAUGUCCAUAAGGCAACAUAAGAAGUUUGGAUCAUUUGAUUUGCCUCAAGAGUACCAUAACUAUGACAUCUUCAAGCCAAUGCAUGAUAGGUGGAAAAACUAUGUGACAAAACUCCUAAAGAAUAUUGGGAAAAAUCAGUUAUCACAAUGUCUUCUUAAUGCAGACUUACAUGGUGCACUUAUUCUAGUUGUUCAGUGCAAAAUAGCAGGCUUAGUUGGUGUACGUGGUAUCAUGAUUCGUGAGACCAUAGAAACAUUUGGAAUAAUCUCAGAAGACAACAAAUUCCAAGUUGUACCAAAAAAGCUUUCUGUAUUUAUGCUACAAGUGGAUUGCUGGAAAGUUACAUUGCUUGGAGACAAACUCAUUUCAAGAAACAUGACUGCGUGAUCGAUAUUGUGAAGACAAAUAUUUAUCAUAUGGGAAAUUUCUUCACCUUUCAGUAUCAUCUUACAGAUGAACAAUGAUCCCAAUAGCUGUAUUAUUUCUUGGAAGAUCAAUUGGCCUAGUUUUCGUUCUUUUAGCCGAUGCUGAUCAAAAGAAAGACUACGUUGGGAUUACAAAGGGGCAUCUAAGGGCAUUAUUAGUUUUUGAAAUUUCAAUUCUGUAUUAGAAUUGAAUGCGUCUUUGUUAGGUAAGUUUUCCCUCGGUGAUAAGAAUUGAUGCAACAGUUUUUAUAUAUUUUUAUUGAGACACUGGUCAAGGAGCAUAUCAGUUGUUGCUGCAACAGAAAUUCAACAACAACUACGUACUCCGUGAAACCUCACAAGUGGGGUCGGGGGAGGGUGGUGUGUACACAACUUUAUACCUAACCUGUGAAGGUAGAUAAACUGUUUCUGAUUGAGAUAUUCCUCGGGUCAGUUAUAGGUGUACAGUUUAACUUUUUAUAUAGAAAGUGAUAUUUGUCAUA